AUGAAGGUGUCUGUCGGGAGCGGCGAGAUGGGCGUCUCUGCCCACCUGCAGCCCUGCAAGGCGGGAACGACGCGGUUCUUCACCAGCAACACGCACAGCACUGUGGUGUUGCAAGGCUUUGAUCAGCUCAGAAUAGAGGGGCUGCUUUGUGACGUGACUCUGGUGCCAGGCGAUGGCGAUGAAAUCUUCCCGGUCCACCGAGCCAUGAUGGCGUCUGCCAGUGAUUAUUUCAAGGCCAUGUUCACAGGGGGAAUGAAAGAGCAAGAUUUAAUGUGCAUUAAGCUUCACGGGGUGAACAAGAUUGGCCUGAAGAAAAUCAUUGAUUUUAUUUACACCGCCAAACUGUCCCUUAAUAUGGACAAUCUUCAGGACACCCUCGAAGCGGCCAGCUUUCUACAAAUCUUACCCGUUUUGGACUUUUGUAAAGUCUUUCUUAUAUCAGGCGUCUCUUUAGAAAACUGUGUUGAGGUUGGACGGAUUGCCAACACCUACAAUCUUAUAGAAGUGGAUAAAUACGUAAACAAUUUCAUCCUGAAGAACUUCCCUGCGUUGUUGAGCACUGGGGAGUUUCUCAAACUCCCCUUUGAGCGGCUGGCCUUUGUGCUUUCCAGCAAUAGUCUCAAGCACUGCUCCGAGCUUGAACUCUUCAAGGCCGCCUGCCGCUGGUUGCGGCUGGAAGACCCUCGGAUGGACUAUGCCGCAAAGUUAAUGAAGAAUAUUCGGUUUCCACUGAUGACACCACAGGACCUCAUCAACUAUGUGCAGACAGUGGAUUUCAUGAGAACAGACAAUACGUGUGUGAACUUACUUCUGGAAGCAAGCAAUUACCAAAUGAUGCCGUAUAUGCAGCCGGUGAUGCAGUCUGACCGAACUGCCAUUCGGUCUGACUCUACGCACUUGGUUACGCUAGGGGGAGUUUUGAGGCAGCAGCUGGUUGUCAGUAAAGAGUUGCGGAUGUAUGAUGAAAGGGCACAGGAAUGGAAAUCGUUAGCCCCCAUGGAUGCUCCUCGCUACCAGCAUGGCAUUGCUGUUAUUGGAAAUUUCCUUUAUGUAGUUGGUGGGCAGAGUAAUUAUGAUACAAAAGGGAAGACUGCUGUUGAUACAGUUUUCAGAUUUGACCCGCGCUAUAAUAAGUGGAUGCAGGUGGCAUCCUUAAAUGAAAAGCGCACGUUCUUUCACCUGAGUGCCCUCAAAGGACAUUUAUAUGCAGUUGGCGGGCGCAGUGCAGCUGGGGAACUGGCCACAGUAGAAUGUUACAACCCAAGAAUGAAUGAAUGGAGCUAUGUUGCGAAGAUGAGUGAACCCCACUAUGGCCAUGCUGGAACAGUGUAUGGGGGGUUAAUGUAUAUUUCAGGAGGAAUUACCCAUGACACUUUCCAAAAUGAGCUCAUGUGCUUUGACCCGGAUACAGACAAGUGGACACAGAAGGCUCCCAUGACUACAGUCCGAGGACUGCAUUGCAUGUGUACCGUUGGAGACAAGCUCUAUGUGAUUGGUGGCAACCACUUCAGAGGCACGAGCGAUUACGAUGAUGUUCUAAGCUGUGAAUACUACUCGCCCACUCUGGACCAGUGGACUCCCAUUGCUGCUAUGCUAAGAGGUCAAAGUGAUGUUGGAGUUGCUGUCUUUGAAAACAAAAUCUACGUGGUUGGUGGAUAUUCUUGGAAUAACCGUUGCAUGGUAGAAAUUGUCCAGAAGUACGACCCGGAAAAAGAUGAGUGGCAUAAAGUCUUUGAUCUUCCAGAGUCUCUUGGCGGCAUUCGGGCGUGCACUCUCACAGUGUUCCCACCGGAAGAAAACCCGGGGUCGCCUUCUAGAGAGUCCCCUCUGUCAGCACCUUCAGAUCAUUCUUAGAUCCAAGGGAAUGCCUUUUCAGUGUGUCGUGGAGAUUCUAGUUCCCCUCCAGUUGUCUCUAUUACUACCGUUAAUAGACAAAAAGGUAACUUAGGGGUGUUUGUUUGUUUGUUUAUUAAAUGACUAACAAGUAUAUUCUGAAAAAUGUGUUAAAUAUAUUUAGCUGUUUAACAAGUGGAAAAGAUCUAUAAAAGUUGUCUUUUGUGGUGUUACAUGUCCAGUUGUAGGUGAUCAUAGUGGAUGUGUAAUUGUCGGUUAUGCUACAAAGUUGAAAGUUUUGAUUUGACUGAAACAUCAAAUGGAGGUCCCCUGUUAUAAACUAAGAUAAUACAAGAUUGCCAAGGUUCAGCUACCUCCCUCUUGGAUAGUUUUUGACUGUUUGUUAAAUAGGCUAUGUGAUCACUCCUAGAAUAUAUUAAGUAUCUUAGGUAGAAAAAGUAGUAAAAAUAUUAGAAGAAAUAGUCAGAAUUUGUUAUCUCACUGGAGAAAAAAAUUUAAAGUGUGUACAUCGACAUGCUCACAUAAAAUUCAUGUGUACAUACGUAUAAACUUUUAGGAUCGAUAGAAACUUCGAUUGUAGUAAAAAUGAACUAAUGUUUUCUUCCAGAAAGCAGCUAAUUUUAUUUCGAUGGAAAUUCAAUCCAGAGAGUUAGUGUCUAAAGUCCUAAGCAAAAUUUAGGUAGUUAAGGGCUACAACAAAUUGACAGCCAAAUUUGUCAUUUAAUGAGAUUGUUUCUUUAAAUGAAAUUUAAUUAGUUUUUCUGUAUACUCUGCAUUUACAUGUAUAUACAUUAUUUAGCAAAAGCCAAGUUUCUGGGAAUUAUUUUUUCCCAAUUUUUUCAUUCGGCAAUGAAAUUUAAAUGAAAUUCGGCAAUGAAAGUUAAACAUUCUGAACAAAGCUAUAGGAUUUUGAGUUUGACCUCCCGCCUUUGUCACUCUGACAUGCUUGUUGUCUGAUUCUGAGUGAUUUCUGGUGCUGCAGCUGAUAAGCAUCCUGAGCUGUGUGAGCCCUCAAGGCUGAGGUCUGAGCAAACAGAUCCUGUUCCAUCAAAUCAGAAAUAGUCCUUUUCUCAAGCCUUGACUCAAGACCCCCUGACAAGCCAGCUGGUUUCUUUAAGGCAGGGCUAAAGUAGACCUUCAGUCUUCAGUACUGUGGGAAUACAUUCUGGCUGAGAAUUACAGGGGAAAAUCUUAAAGGGACAAAUGGCAUUAUAGUGGUCCUUGGUAAUAAGUGAUACUGAGUAUGUGCAUUCCUGGAAAAGUAGUUCAACUGAAGGAGAAAAAUGCACAUACAUAGAUGUGAGUAUGGCCAGCCCUGGGAGAGCAGUGCCAUUGACAGUCAGUCUCUCAGUGGAAUGCAGACCGAGGGAAAGGGUGUGACUUCUGGAAUCUGAACUUUACUUAUGCCCAUACAAGGGCUGAUUUAUUUUAAUGCUCUUUAUGAUUUCUACAUUGACAGAAAAUUUCUUGCUUUCUGUGUUUUUGUAAUGACUCCAUUUUUUUUAUUACUUAGAUUAGACAUAUUGAAUACUUUUAGAAGUUAAGGUAAAAAUUGCUACUAACUGUGUAAUGUGUAUUGAAUAAACAAGAAGAAUGAAUGCUUAUGUAUUUUGAAUAGCUUCAUUUUUCUCUUUGGUCAAAUGUCCAUGUCCUUUUCCUUGUGAUACCUAUUAGAAUUGCCUUGUUUUUCAUAUCAAGUUACAAAAUUUCUUCAAUAAAAUUAUUUAACCGGUA